GCCCAUCAUCUGUAGUAAUGCCUGGGGUUAGACCUAAUAACGUCCAAUUCUUCCUCCAGACCUCAUGACUACUCUUUAAAAGCCAUAUAACUCUCAAUGCAAUACGUCGCCCAGCAACCCAGCUUCCAAGGUUUCGGCCGCUCCCUCACGUCAUCGUGUCCUGCCUUUCAACCGGACCUGUACGGUCGCAAAGUACGAUGCAAUCUCACGAUUCAAUGCCUGCACCUGCACAAAACAAGAUAAAUAAGCCAGUUGUAGGCUCAAGGCUGGCUAGCGAGUCUGGUCGUCAGUAUACCAUUAACUGCGUGCUUCAAGAGAAAGACAAUAGACCGGAGAAAGUCUAUCUUGCCUCCAGAGAUGACGGACACAAGUUUGUCUUCAAGGAGGUCCCCCCCUCGAUGUUUGAGCCAGCCUGCGAUAUGCAGAGAUAUCUCAUUGCGCACGAGCGCAGCUCUUAUCUCCGACUCAUGCGCGACAGUAUCCCCGAGCAAUCGAUCCUCAUAUACGACUAUGCCACCGACCACUUGCUCAGCCUCGCCCAGAAGGAAAUACCACUCGCUGCAAGGAAACGGAUCCUGCGGGAUGCUCUUCGUGGUCUUGCAGCAUUGCAUGACAAAAAUAUCGUUCAUGCGGAUGUCAAAGCAAACAAUAUUCUAGUUAACUAUACGAACGGUGAUGAAAAUAUCGUUGUAAAGAGUGUUCAGCUUUGCUGA